GCCAGGGGAAGCUGGAGGGAUGUGGCUGUGUCUGCUGCUCCUGGCUGUGGGGGCUCUGCAGCUUGCCCUCAGCCAGACACGGCUGGAGGGCUUCACGGGGGAGUCCUUGUCCUUCCCUGCCCUGCGCCCCGUGGCCCCAGACAUUGCACGGAUCAUCUGGUUCUCGGACAGCCGUGGCACACACAUUGCCGAGGCCAAGCCGCUGAGCAGGGAGUUUCGCACCGACUACGAUCCCGUGCUCCGGCCCCGCCUGGCCCUCCACCGUGGCAACUUGUCCCUGGAGAUCACGGCACUGCAGCUGUCGGACAGCGGGGUCUACCGAGCCACUGUGGACAUCCAGUCCAACCCCACCCGGCCACAGAUGUUCUACUAUGAGCUGAUCAUCCAAGUGCAUCAGCUGGACCCACCUGGCAGCACGUGGCCACCUCCACAAGGACCAACAACGCCCGUGGGCAGCAGAGCCAGGACUUCCACCAGGGAUCCCGGGGGGACACCCAGGCCCGGAGAGGACCCAGGGCAUGACAAGAGCAGAUGUGGAGCCUGCUCCUGUGCUCUGAAGGGCUACAUCAUUGCCGCUGUCUACGGGACCCUCCUGCUCACAGUGGCCAUUGUCCACAUCAAGACCCAGAGCUGAGAUGCCCCCAGGCACCCAAAGGGGCAAAGAAAUGGGGGUGGGGGGGCUGGGAAGGACAGAGCUUGGACAGUAGCAAAGGAUCAGGAGGGUCUGUGCCUUUAAGCAGGGGUAGUUGGCCCUGUUGAGGGCAUCCAGCUGUGGGCCAUCUGAUACAGCUGUGGGGCAUCUGAUAAUGGGUUUGAAAGCCCCAGGGAGGCAACUGAGAGAGGGCUUGCUUGCAAAGGGGAAAACAAGCUGUGACUGCAGGCUCCUCUGUGAGCCGGGCUUUGUUUUGUGGGCUUAUUCUUUCAUGUCUGCUACCGAAGGACUAUGUGGCUUACAAGAGCUGGCUCCUAAGAAAUCACAGCUGCUUGCUCAAGCCAAAACCUACAGGGCAAGAAAUCACAGCAACCACUGAGCCCUGCUUGGGCGCUACAUGGGCCUGGCACAGGGGCUGCCUGCACCUUGCCCAAGGGGGAAUGGCUGUGGGCUUUGAACGGGGCCCCAGGGACCCGCUGCCAAGGGCUGUUUGAUCACAGCGGGCGACCAGGUCCCCAGAGCUGCAGGCAGGCUUGGCACGGUAAAAUACAACACCACUCGAAUGCAAACCCAACAGGGCCUUUUUCACCAAAGGGGCUUUUCAUUUCCCCCAACUCACCCAUUUUUCUGCCCUGUUUCUCCCCAGAAAGGCCCUCAGGGCCUUUCUGCUUUUCCUGGUGUUUUUAGCAAAGUUGUGGGGAUAAUAAAAUCUGUUUUUAUCCAUUCCCCCCUACCCUCUGCCCUGCCUCAGCAUUCCCAGAGGCAGUGCGUGGCUCUGCAGGGACCCCAUCCUGGGUGGGGAAAGAAGCCCGGAGAGAUGCACAGGCUGCAUGGGAGGACCUUGUCCUGGCAGGGGCAUCAGGGAAGCUCACAGGCCCAAUUGCCCCUCCAGGGCUGGGGUCCCUGCAGGCAGUGCCCACGUGGGCACGUCCAGCUCAUUCAAAGCUCGGCACCUCCCUGCUCCAGGGUGUUGCAGCCUCACCUGUUCUGGGGGAUGCACCAGAAAUGACAUUUCCACCCCCUGUUUUUCUGGAGGAAACGGAAGAGGGGAAAACAGCAACCCCUGGUGAUGGCUGGGGGGUGGGAAGGCGGCUGGUUUUGUUCCACCCCAGGCGAGACAGAUGGAAGCCAGUGAGCUGGGACGGGCUGGCAGGGGGAGGUUGUCUUCAAACUUCAUACUCUAGUUUUUGUUUUAACCCUUUCUCUCUGGCAUCCAACCUCAGAUGAGGCCCUCGGGAAGGGGAAAGCCAAAUGCUCCGGUGUUUUUUCUCCUUCACUUUCAUCCCAAUUUUCUUCCUCAGGUUCCUGCACUUGUUGGCAGCGGGUCUCAAGCAGCCCUGCUCAAGGAUGCUUUUCCUAGCAGCUGGGCCAGGGCUGGGUGACCAGCACCCAUGGGCUGAGGGGUUCAACUGGGGGCCAGACACCACCACUGUUCAGCCCCCACGUGGGCCUGGGGAUGAGCCAGGAUCAGGGCUGGAUCUGCUGCCCCAGCCUGAGAUGAGACUCCGACCCAAAACAGCUUCAAGGCACGCACAGGCUCUGGCCCUUGGCAGAAUCGGGGCCGGGCCCCUGGCGAGCAGGGCAGAGUCCUCUCUAUUAAGGACCCGUCACGGGUUUGAUAUUUACGGCCCCGCAUCGGGCACGGGAUCGUAAUUCACUGCAUCAUAAAACAUCCCAUAGUUUGUAAUAAGUGAAUUAUUUACUGGUGACCCUGGCUAAACGCCGCACGGCAUCAAUUAUUGAGCGCCAGAUCUGUCAGGAAGUGCUCAUAAAUAAGUGAUCAGGUGCCGUCUCAGUGUGCCCAGUAAAUUACUCAUUCAAUCUCCCGUCUAAAUGCCCUCCUGGGGAAAUUGCUCGCGCCUGCCGAUUCAGGAAUUAGGACUGGGCAAAAAGGCCCGAUGCCACAUCCGACCCUUUUUAGGACAUCCCGGGGCACCGGGCUUGGUUGUGACGUCUGGCACCAUGCGUGAGGAAACAGGGGUCUUGAGCCAGCAAGGCAAAGCAACGUCAGGCCCAGCCUGGUGUGGGUGGAGGGUGUAGCCGAGCUUGCUUUCUCAUGC